CAGCCGGUCGGGCUGAGCACUGAGGGUAGGGGGCGGUGGCGGCUGCGGUGGCAGCUACGGCGGCAGCAGAAGAGGAGGCUUCGUGAUUUCCGCGAUCUGGGCGGUGCGUGGCCGCGCGGGUGGCCGUUGCAGUAGUAGGUACGGUUCGCCUGUGAGAAGCCAUUGAGACUUCCUGUCUCUCUUGUUUGAGCGCUUCAGUCCCUGCUUGUGUGGCAAACCUUGGGGACGGCAGGUCACCCUGCGGCCCCGGCCCUUCCGCCGCAUUUCAGGCAUAAUGGUUAUGAAAGCUUCUGUAGAAGAUGAUGAUUCGGGAUGGGAGCUCAGUAUACCAGAAAAGAUGGAAAAAAGCAAUACAAACUGGGUGGACAUAACUCAAGAUUUUGAAGAAGCUUGUCGAGAAUUAAAGUUGGGAGAACUGCUUCAUGAUAAGCUAUUUGGUCUUUUUGAAGCCAUGUCUGCCAUUGAAAUGAUGGAUCCCAAGAUGGAUGCUGGCAUGAUCGGAAACCAAGUUAAUCGAAAAGUUCUCAAUUUUGAACAAGCUAUCAAGGAUGGUACCAUUAAAAUUAAAGACCUCACCUUGCCGGAAUUGAUAGGGAUAAUGGAUACAUGUUUUUGCUGUUUGAUAACAUGGUUAGAAGGCCACUCCUUGGCACAGACAGUAUUUACAUGCCUUUACAUUCAUAAUCCAGACUUUAUAGAAGAUCCUGCCAUGAAAGCUUUUGCUCUGGGAAUCUUGAAAAUCUGUGACAUUGCAAGGGAAAAAGUAAAUAAAGCUGCUGUUUUUGAAGAGGAAGAUUUUCAGUCAAUGACUUACGGAUUUAAAAUGGCCAACAGUGUGACAGAUCUUCGAGUUACAGGCAUGCUAAAGGAUGUGGAGGAUGACAUGCAACGAAGAGUAAAGAGUACUCGAAGUCGACAAGGAGAAGAAAGAGAUCCAGAAGUUGAACUAGAACACCAACAGUGUUUAGCAGUAUUCAGCAGAGUGAAGUUUACUCGAGUGUUACUGACAGUGCUUAUUGCCUUUACUAAGAAAGAGACCAGUGCUGUUGCAGAAGCUCAAAAAUUGAUGGUUCAAGCAGCAGAUCUUCUCUCUGCCAUUCACAACUCCUUGCAUCAUGGCAUCCAGGCCCAGAAUGAUACUACAAAAGGGGAUCAUCCAAUUAUGAUGGGUUUUGAGCCCCUUGUUAACCAGAGGCUACUUCCACCCACUUUUCCUCGAUAUGCAAAGAUAAUUAAAAGAGAAGAAAUGGUCAACUAUUUUGCAAGAUUAAUAGAUAGAAUAAAAACUGUUUGUGAGGUGGUAAACUUAACAAAUUUACACUGUAUCCUGGAUUUUUUCUGUGAGUUUAGUGAACAAUCACCUUGUGUUCUGUCAAGAUCUCUAUUACAAACCACUUUCCUGGUUGAUAACAAAAAGGUCUUUGGAACUCAUCUCAUGCAAGACAUGGUGAAAGAUGCACUUCGGUCUUUUGUCAGUCCUCCGGUGCUUUCCCCAAAGUGCUGCCUUUAUAAUAAUCACCAGGCUAAGGACUGUAUUGACUCCUUUGUUACUCACUGUGUUCGGCCAUUCUGCAGUCUUAUCCAGAUCCAUGGGCAUAAUAGGGCUCGUCAGAGAGACAAGCUGGGCCAUAUUCUUGAGGAAUUUGCUACCUUGCAGGAUGAGGCAGAGAAGGUUGAUGCAGCACUUCACACUAUGCUGUUGAAACAGGAACCCCAAAGGCAACAUUUGGCCUGUUUAGGCACCUGGGUCCUUUAUCAUAACCUUAGAAUUAUGAUACAGUAUCUUUUAAGUGGCUUUGAAUUGGAACUCUACAGCAUGCAUGAGUACUACUACAUAUAUUGGUACCUCUCUGAGUUCCUUUAUGCAUGGCUGAUGUCAACAUUAAGUCGUGCCGAUGGCUCUCAAAUGGCAGAGGAAAGGAUAAUGGAAGAGCAACAGAAGGGCCGUAGCAGUAAAAAGACAAAGAAAAAGAAGAAAGUUCGCCCUUUGAGCCGAGAAAUCACAAUGAGCCAGGCCUAUCAGAACAUGUGUGCUGGAAUGUUUAAGACCAUGGUAGCAUUUGACAUGGAUGGCAAAGUACGAAAACCCAAGUUUGAACUUGAUAGUGAACAAGUGCGGUAUGAGCACAGAUUUGCUCCAUUCAACAGCGUCAUGACCCCACCCCCAGUACACUAUCUGCAGUUCAAGGAAAUGUCUGACCUCAAUAAAUACAGCCCUCCCCCGCAGUCUCCAGAUCUGUACGUGGCAGCUAGUAAGCACUUCCAGCAAGCGAAAAUGAUUCUGGAAAACAUCCCAAACCCAGACCAUGAGGUCAGUAGAAUUUUAAAGGUUGCCAAACCCAACUUUGUGGUUAUGAAGCUACUGGCAGGAGGACACAAAAAGGAGUCUAAGGUUCCUCCCGAAUUUGAUUUCUCCGCUCACAAAUAUUUUCCUGUUGUGAAGCUUGUUUGAGAUUGAAGGGUGACCAUAAAGGGCUGUGAUACCUCUAAACUGUUGCCUCGGAAUAGGUGCCUGUGAUCCCAAAGGAGCCAGCGGCACCAAAGCAGGAGCGCUGGGAGGAAGCUUCAAGUACACACCUGCCGAAUGAACGCCCUCGGACGCGCCUCUGUGAAUGCAGAUGAAGUCAUCAUGGGUUAUUUAAAUUGACAUUCCAUCUCCACAGUUUAAAAGCUGCUUCUUUAGGGAUCAAACAGGGAGGGAAAACUGGGAACAGUUUUAAAAGCUGAACUAACAAUUAUUUCAUUUCUCAGCAACUCUCUGCACACCGAUUAAACACAAGAUGAACAGAAGCUUUAUUUGAGAAAGCAAGAGAGCGUAUCAUCCCUAAGGCUGAGAGGGGUAUUGGACAAGGACUUACAUAAAAUCUUACAAAGCUACUUUUACACUUCUUCAGUUGCCUUUUCUGGGUGAGGAGGUUUAAUCUUAUUGAUGUGGUAAAAGGAUGUUACACAUGAAGGACAUUCAAGGUAGAGAUCUUAACCCAAAUGCGAAGCACGGCCAGCCUUCAGGGACUGCCGGAGCGCAGCACGUCCACACAGGUGUGCGGCCAGCUGUGCCCGACUUCUCGGGCCCAUCUCCUCUCGGAAAAGGAGGGCGUCCUGCCACAUGGCCUGCAGAGACCGUAUCUCAACUCCUACAAACCCAAACACCUUGUAGUAAGUGCCACCACCCACUUAGCCUUUGUUUAGAGGGCCCAAUAAAAGUUGUGUGGCUCUGCCAGUCCUUCACAAGAGGCAAAAGCCUACUUCCCUGAAACAUAAGGACCAAUACAAGCCAAAUCUAAUAUCACUAUUAUCAAUGUAAAUUGAUAGUCAUUUUCAAAUGAAAAUUAACUUUUGAUUGUUAAGUCAGUUUUCAUUGUUACAAGCUAAAUGUAUAAACUAUGACAAAAACACUA